AUGCUACACUCUUUUAUCAAGACUACAAAGCUUUGCUGUUGGCUCAGUCGACCAGAUUGUCCUCCAGCUAUUCAAGAAUGCAAAGUUCUGUUUGACAGAAUGUAUGCUCCCAAGAGCAUUGCAAGCCUCGAUGAAGAACUUGCAGUAUUGUGUGCAAGACUAAAAUUCAACAGUGUUAUCUACAGCAGAGCCUCUACACAUAUUGGGAAUAGUCAAGUUUUUUUUUAUCCUCAGGGCGACCAGUUAACAUCUCCUGUCCCUGGCAGCAUUCACCAUAUCUAUGCUAUGCCAACAGGUGAACUGGUGUUUGCUGUACUCAGACAGCUCCCACUCAAUCGUCACAACCACACUAUUGAUCCAUUUGCUGUGUAUCCCGAUUUUCCCGCAAAAUUGUAUUCGUUGAACUUAAGUAGUUACUUAGAAACCAUCAAGGUAUCUUGGGUUAUUGGUCACUUUGCUCAAUGGCAGAUUUUGAGUGAUCAUGUUGCCAUACUAUCUCUAUGUCGUGUAAGUACAGUCAUUCUUAAAAUCAUCAGCAUCAGUGUCUAA